CGCCCAUCCCCGGGAUCCGCUAGGCUCGCUGCGGACGAUUUUGCUCACGGACCUCAACUUCGGACAUGGCGAACCAGGUGAUCAGAUGCAAGGCUGCAGUGGCCUGGGAGGCCGGAAAGCCCCUCUCCAUAGAGGAGGUGGAAGUGGCCCCUCCAAAGGCUCAUGAAGUUCGAAUUAAGAUCAUUGCCACCGCCGUCUGCCACACUGAUGCCUAUACCCUGAGCGGAGCUGAUCCUGAGGGGUGCUUCCCAGUGAUCUUGGGACAUGAAGGUGCUGGAAUCGUGGAAAGUGUCGGUGAAGGGGUGACUAAGGUGAAGGCAGGUGAUACCGUCAUCCCUCUUUACAUCCCGCAGUGUGGAGAAUGCAAAUUUUGUCUGAAUCCUAAAACAAACCUUUGCCAGAAGAUAAGAAUCACUCAGGGGAAAGGGUUAAUGCCCGAUGGCACUACCAGAUUCACCUGCAAAGGAAAGCCUCUUUUCCACUUCAUGGGAACCAGCACAUUUUCAGAGUACACAGUUGUGGCUGACAUCUCCGUUGCUAAAAUUGACCCUUCGGCACCUUUGGAUAAAGUCUGCCUUCUCGGCUGUGGUGUUUCAACCGGCUACGGUGCUGCUGUGAACACUGCCAAGGUGGAGCCUGGUUCUACCUGUGCCAUCUUUGGCUUGGGAGGAGUCGGAUUGGCAGUGAUCAUGGGCUGUAAAGUGGCUGGUGCAUCCCGGAUCAUUGGUAUCGACAUCAAUAAAGAUAAAUUCGCAAAGGCCAAGGAAUUUGGAGCCUCCGAAUGUAUUAAUCCCCAAGAUUUCAAGAAACCCAUCCAGGAAGUGCUCAUUGAGAUGACAGAUGGGGGAGUAGACUUCUCCUUUGAGUGUAUUGGCAAUGUGAAGGUCAUGAGAGCAGCCCUUGAGGCAACCCACAAAGGCUGGGGAGUCAGUGUGGUGGUCGGCGUAGCUGCUUCGGGUGAAGAAAUCUCCACUCGACCAUUCCAGCUGGUGACAGGACGCACGUGGAAAGGCACUGCCUUUGGAGGAUGGAAGAGUGUGGAGAGUGUCCCAAAGCUGGUGUCUGAAUAUAUGUCCAAAAAGAUAAAAGUUGAUGAAUUUGUGACUAACAAUCUGCCCUUCGACCAAGUUAACAAAGCCUUAGACCUGAUGCACUCAGGGGAAAGCAUUCGAACUGUUCUAAAGAUGUGAGUUCAGAAGAGAACAUCCUGUGCUUUCUUUCUCCUGUGAUUGGAUAAGAACAGACUGACAGAUCUGCUAGCCCUUGAGAUGUCACAAACUACUAAAGAAAUGUGUGUAAUCAUGGCUCUAAUCAAGGACGAGGCAAAUAGUCACAAACAAGUCACUUUUUUGAACUCUCCACAUAAAUAAUUGCGGCUCAUCAAGAAAUAUUUUAGCAUAAUAAAAAUGCUUUCUGCA